UUGCAUCAGCUUUUUUUUUUGGCAACACAAUUUUUGCUUUUUCAAGGAGCUAUUGUUCUGAAUAAUCAUUAAUAAUCAUAAUGCUAAUAUUAGAAAGUUUCUUUCUAUUUCAACAAUCAUCCAUGUAACCUAUAAAGUACAAGAAAUUGUAUAACUUCAUUUAAACCAUGCAUUUGCUUGUAAAUCAUCUUCAUUUGUGUUUCUAUACCAUCUUCUUUCAAUGUGCAUUCUCUAGUUUUGCCUUGUUAUCAAAAUCCUUGCCUAAAUGGUGGAACAUGCACAACGUUUGGCAGUGUUGAUAUGUGUCGUUGUACAAGUAACUACAUCGGAAGUGUAUGCCAGUUCUCAACUAUUUGCAAUCCUGAUCCAUGUCAAAAUGGUGGAUUCUGUACAGUUCAACCAGACGGAAGUCAAAGAUGCUCGUGCGUAAACAGCUUCUCAGGAAUCUCAUGUCAAAUUGCACCACUGAACGAUUGUGAUAGCAAUCCUUGCGUAAAUGGAGUUUGCUUUGAUAGUGAUGAAGGGUUUGUGUGCACAUGUCAAGAUGGAUAUAUUGGAGAGAGAUGUAAUACAGAAUUUGAUACCUGUAAUCCAAACCCAUGUAAUAAUGGAGGAGUUUGCACAAUUGUGUCUGACCGUUUUGAAUGUGCCUGCCAAAUUGGAUUCACUGGAGAAACAUGUGGUACUGCUACCUCAAAUCAGUGUACUGAUAGUUACUGUAAAAAUGGUGGUACUUGCUCGUUUGAUGGCUCUGUUACGACUUGCUCAUGUUCUCCAGGGUACGCAGGAGCGCAGUGCCAAGAUAAAACAUUCAACACAAUAUUAAACAGUGCGUCAAGGAUUCGUCUGACUGGGUACGGGCUGUCGGUGCUAGCCCUCAUUCUUACUGCUCGGGUGAUGAUGUAAAGAGGACCUGUGGUACCACACUCGGCUAGCUUUUCUUACAUUCAACCUCAUUUUGAUUCUGUCAUCAUCGUGGUGAUUCUAUUCAUUACCCAUGUGAAUAUUUCAGUUAACAUAGACAGACAGACAGACAUUAAAGUUUAUCUGUUUACUAUAUAUCAACUUGGGACCUCAGUAUAUAAUUUAUAACUUUCAUAAUAUAAUGAUAAAUAUUCAUGACUAGCCUAUUAUUGAAAUUUAUGUAA